CGGAAAUCGGAAUAUUUACUAUUGCUAGUAAGCCAUGUGGCACGUGUGUUGACGUUUGAACGAAUGUUUGUGUUUUGUAAAAGUUCCAAUCUUCCCAUGUGUUAACAGUUUUUAGUGUAUAAACGUCUUUUUAAUUAAAAAGCGAUGAGGAUUUUCACAAGUGGCGCCGAUCCUUCCUGCCUUAAAGUUGCAGUUGCCGCGAAUUUUGCUAAAGAAAAUAUACACGUAGAAAAUAUUCCUGCUGCAGAUCGAAAAGUUGGAGCUACACGUCGUUUGCCAACUUUCCAAUUGGAAUCAGGGACGACUCUUUUCUCUGCAAAUUCAGCCGCAAGGUUACUGGUGCCGCCAAAAAACGAAGAUGGGUUGUUGGUUGACCAGUGGCUGGAGUGGGAAGCAACUAAGCUACAGCCAGUUAUUGUGAACUGCCUGACAACAAUGAAGUCUGCAGCACUGUCAACACAGCUGAGUGAUCUUUUGACAACCUUGGAUGAUGCAUUGAGCGCAAAAGGAUAUCUUGUUCAUUCCAGCAUCACAGUUGCAGAUAUUUGUAUAUGGAGCACCAUUUUUCCACUGGCUGCCGAUGCAAAGUUAUCCUCUGACUGGCUCAGUGGGAAGAAGCACUUGCUACAAUGGUUUGCAAAACUAAAAGAGCAAGAUCACAUUAAAGAAGCUGUUGGUUUGCUCAAGCUGAAACCAGGUUUGCCUGCGAUUCAAAGUCUAAAUGAUGCUUCCUGGUUUCCACUGCAAGCGACUCAAUGUGAGGUUCAACCAAGACCAGAACUUAUUUCAACUUCCAGCACAGAGUCAUCAACUAAGGAACCUCCCAUUUCUGAAGCUGAGCUUGAAGCAGCAGCAGAUGCAUGGAAGAAUGGAGCGGCUAGAAGACCGAAACCAAAGCCAAAAACAGUACCUGUGCUUCCAGUUGAGGGUGAAAAAAAUGUAUUGGUUACUUCUGCCUUGCCCUAUGUAAAUAAUGUACCCCAUUUAGGAAAUAUUAUUGGCUGCGUCUUAUCAGCUGAUGUCUUUGCAAGGUUCAGUCGUCUGUGCAAUCAUAAUGUCUUGUAUAUCUGUGGAACUGAUGAAUAUGGUACAGCAACUGAAACCAAAGCACUUGAAGAAGGUCUUACUCCAAAAGAAAUAUGUGACAAGUAUUUUAAGAUUCAUGAUGCUGUCUACAAAUGGUUUAACAUUAAUUUUGAUUACUUUGGUCGAACAACUUCUCCUGAACAGACCAAGGUCUGCCAAGAGAUGUUUCUCCAGCUAAACAGGAAUGGCUUCAUAUGUACAGAAGUUAUGGAGCAAUUACUCUGUGAAAAAUGUGAUAGGUUUCUUGCUGACCGCUUUGUGGAAGGCACAUGUCCUCGCUGUGCUUAUGAGGAUGCAAGAGGAGAUCAAUGUGAUGGUUGUGGACACUUAAUAAAUGCAACAGAGUUGAUUAAACCACGCUGCAAAUUGUGCCAAAAUACGCCAGUCAUUAAACCUUCAGAGCAGUUCUUCCUCAAAAUGCCUGAUACUGAACCACUCAUUAGGCACUGGGGAGAGAAAGUGUGGGGUGGAUGGUCAAACAAUGCACGCACUAUUACCCGUAGCUGGUUAAAGGAAGGCUUAAAGCCACGUUGCAUCACUCGGGAUCUCAAAUGGGGCAUUCCUGUGCCUCUAGAUGGAUACAGAAAUAAGGUAUUUUAUGUCUGGUUUGAUGCUCCACUUGGCUAUAUUAGCAUUACAAGCUGCUACACAUCAGAGUGGAAACGGUGGUGGCAACCAAAAAGGGAAGUGCCUGUUAGCCUCUAUCAAUUUAUGGCAAAGGACAAUGUUCCUUUUCAUGCUGUUCUGUUCCCAGCUAUCUUGCUUGGAGCAAAUCAAGGCUACACUGUCCCUACUAACAUAAUGGCCACAGAAUAUUUAAAUUAUGAAGAUGGCAAAUUCUCAAAGAGCCGAGGAGUGGGAGUUUUUGGCAAUGAUGCUCAAGAGACAGGCAUUCCGUCUGAUAUUUGGCGUUUCUAUCUCCUUUAUGUGAGACCAGAAUCUCAGGAUUCUAGCUUUAGCUGGUCUGAUUUAGCAAUGAAAAACAAUUCAGAGCUUCUUAACAACUUGGGAAAUUUCAUUCAUAGGGCACUAUCAUUUGUAGAAAAGUUCUUCGGAGGUGAAGUACCGUGUAUAGAAAUCACGCAAGUUGAGCUGACAUUGCUGGCACAUAUCACUCGUGAAUUGCAGGGGUACAUUGCUUCUCUUGAGUGUGCCCGACUCAGAGAUGGUAUUCGUCACAUCCUUGCAAUCAGUCGACAUGGAAACCAGUUCAUGCAGAGUCAGCAGCCUUGGGUGUUGGUGAAAGGAUCUGAACCUGACAGGGUACGAGCAGGCACUGUAGUCGGCCUCUGUGCCAACAUUGCAGCACUGCUGGCUGUUCUUUUGAAACCAUAUAUGCCUGAGACAGCACAUACAUUGGAUACUCAGCUCAAUGCACCAGAGCACAUACAAUAUAUUUCAAAGGAGGUUUGUGUUCUGCUUCCCCCAGGACAUAAAAUUGGGCAGCCAGCUCCACUUUUUACUAAGAUAGAAACAGCACAGAUAGAGAAACUGAAGAAACAGUUCUCUGGCCGGCAACGAUCUCCCCCAGCGGAGAAACCAGUGCCAGUGCUAUCUGGAGAAGAUAUCGUAGCCCAUCUUGAAGCUGCCAUUGCAAAGCAGGGUAAUGUAGUAAGAGAAAUGAAGGCCAGAGGUGCUCCAAAAGAAGAAUGGCAGCCACAUGUGGCAGUUCUUUUAGACCUUAAGAAACAAUUGGAGGCAGCCCAUGCAGUUGCAGUCAGUAGAGUACAGCAAGCACAAGCAGCGGCGGCAGCAGCUGCGGCGGCUACCAGUGUCUCUCCUCCUCAAGUAAAUGGUGCUGUUGCUUCUCCAGAGGAGAUUGCUAGAUUGGAGGCAGAAGUUAAUAAACAGGGUAACUUGGUGAGAGAAAUGAAAUCAAGUGGCAAGAGCAAAGCAGAAUGGCAGCCAGAAGUUGUUAGACUCCUUGAACUGAAGAAACAAUUGGCUCUUGCCCAGGGAAUUGAUCUGACAGCCCAACAAACGGUAUCAAAACCCAGGAAAGGAAAGACAAAGACAUAACAUAGACAUCUACUACAUUCUCUGUUCCCUCCAUCUUAACAUAUAGUUAUUUAUUACUAAUUUAUCUUGCGUGAAUGUGUGCGUUCCUUGUGAUGUACAAUGAUAUUGUUGGUGAUGGGUAUUACAAUUUGUAACAAUUUUCCUUUCAUUCUUGUACCAUAUGUAAUUAAGAGAAAUACAGAUAUCAGUCAUGCAGUAAGUGAAUUACCCUGGGAGUUUUCCUUAUGAUGUAUGAACAACAUUGCUUUUGUUACCUACAUUUCCUGCCAUUUUCAAUUUCUUUUUGUUUGUUGUUGUACAGUAUUUAUUUCAGAGAAACAGAUGUAUCAGUCAUGCAUAAAGUGCAUUAAUUAAGUGUAGUUUUAAAUUCUGUGUGGGUAUUCAGUAUGUCACAAAAAGACUUUAUUUCAUAAAAGAGAUUUAUAUGCUUAAACCAAGGUGCAGAUUAAUUAUUUCGUCAUCUUCCGGGCAUGCAUUCCAGAUGCUAACCCAGAAGCUCAUGAAAUAUUCUACCCAUUAGAAAAAUUCCAAGGAUUAUAAACUAGUUAUUUAAUGUGUUUGCUUUAGCAUUAUUAGAGCAACAUUAAGCAAUUGUUACAUCACUGGAUUGACUAAACUCGUAAACAAACCAUUUGAGUGAAAGAAAACAGUGGUGAUUUCGGUGAGAGAUGUGGAAUAAUAUGAUGUACUUUAUUGUAAAUCUCUCUGUGGGAUCCAAACUACACAAUAAGGAACCAGAUUGUUCUGUGUAUCUAUUAUAGUACUGGAAUCUGUUAGGAAUUAAAGAAAUGGGAAGAGGCUGCUAUUUUUAUGUUCCCCCAACUCAUCCAUAUGGUAGCAGCAAAGGGAGAGGAGUAAAUUAGUGUAUCUACUGCAUCUUUUUGCUGUAAUUCUUUUCACUUUACUUUUAAAAAUCAAUGUAACACAACUGAAAGCUGAAGUUCCUUGCAACUGUUAUCCCAACUCUAAUGUGUGUCAAGCAUUUAUAUGGUGGAAAGACACUAUCCAGAAACUAAGAAAUAAUAUUUUUCUUAUUAUUGUUUACAAAAAUCUGAAUUACAAAGGUGCAUAAAUAUAA